AUGGCCAAUCCAUUAGCAAAACUUACCAUUAGUGACAAAGUUAAUGAGGGACGUAAACGUAUGUUGACCUGUUUGGCUAAAAAGGGAGCCGAGGAAGACCACGUUAAUUUGUUGGAAUUGCAAAAACAAUAUUUUGUUGACUUUGAGACUUAUUUGAAUAAAGAUGAACUUCGCCGAUUCUUCAGCAAAACACACAUUAAACAAGUUUUUGAAAGUUUUAUGCCUAAAGACAUUGAAAUGACCACAGAUGUUGAACAAACUGGAUCUCUUUAUUUAAAAAUGAAGCGGCCUUUGGAAGUUGCGUUGGCAGACAAUCCAUUAGCUCCGAGACGUUCAGCUCUUUCCAAAAAUGAUGUUAGGACAAAAACGCUCAAUUUGGUUCCUUUACCAGCCACAAAAUUCGAAUCCAAUGCUCGUCAAGAAAAAAAAUUUUCUGGAGGGAUUUGGGAUGAGCCUUCGCUUGAAAAAGAAGUUAAAGGGAACGAGACUUUUUUGGUUUAUUUUUAA